UUUGCUCUACUUUUGCACUUUUUUCAGUAAAAAUGACAUUUUAAUGUAAUGUGUUGAGCCAGAUAGGAAGAAAAUGCUUUUAUUCGCGACAUGGGCCGUCUGUGGCCGCGCGAUUGCUUUUAACGUGCUUGUUUUUUAGCCUUAUCGUCACUUUUACAUAACUGUGUCAGUGUACCGUGCUGUGGAUUGCAGGUCAACGUGUGUGUGGAUUGUGAAUAGCAGGUCACUGUGGUGAAGUGGGGGAAGUGCCGUUUUUUUGCCCUUUUCAUAUGUAUUUAUAUGCUAUUUUCUUACCUUUUAAACGCGCAAUCGGAUUCAAGUAUGCCGAAUAAGCGAUGAUUUUAUAAUCACGUUAAGUUGUCAAGAUCCGGUGGCAACCUUUUUGCAGCUCGGAAAUACGAAAACGGUCUUAUUUUGACAGUUAAGCACACUCGAUUCGAAUGCAGCUACGAUGAAGCUGUAUCACAUUGGAAUGGUAAGAUUUGUGAAUAUGUGGGCGUAUUUGUCACUCGCUUUAUUUCAGAGGCGUCGAGAGGCCUAAAAUCCACAUGGAAACUCUCGCUGUUCUUCCACAAAAUAUUAUCACAUCCUCUCUGGUGUGGGGUCAACUAUAUUUACACCCCGGUGUAAUGUCGUUUGUGCUGCUGCCAUGAGGAAGAUAACCUAAUGUCCCACAUCCUGCCCUUUGGCCCAUUCCAUGUCUGAGAACAGCGACCCACAGCCUUACCGCUACUCAACCCUGGACAGCCGGGAACGGUCCCGCGAAAGGGUCGGCCUUCAGGUGGAGGAAGCGGAGAUCUCUCCCUGCUCCGCCAUCAGCCAACUUCACCGCAUGGCCAGCAGUUACAGUGAAGGUUGUGGGAGACGGGAUGGAGGCGAUCUGGAACCAGAGCUGGGUUUAGCCUCAGAGGGGAGCGACAGCAGCCACGAGCACCCCGCCUCACCUAGUUCCCCCCAUGACGAAAGAAAGCGGACGUGCUUACACGAAGAUGUAGAGAUGGCUGGUUCAAGUGGGAGUGGGACAGAAUCCCAUGGCAACGAAUCUCAUGGAAAUGAGUCCCACGGUAAUGAAUCUGUGGGCAGCUCCAAUGGAAAUGGGAAGGAUUCCGCUCUCCUGGAGUCGUCAGGAAGCAACAAGAGCUCCAACUCUCACAGCCCUUCACCACCAAGCAGCUCCAACGCCUUCAGUCUGGUGAGCUCGGAGCAGGACAACCCUUCUACUAGUGGUUGCAGCAGCGAACAGUCAGCCAAAGCGAAGACACAGAAGGAGCUCUUCAAGACUCUGAAGGAUCUAAAGAUGCAUUUGCCCAUAGAAAAGAGGAGCAAGGGCAAGUCCACCACGGUCAACACGCUCAAAUAUGCGCUACGGUGUGUCAAGCAGGUGAAAGCCAAUGAGGAGUAUUAUCAGAUGCUGAUGAUCAAUGACAGUCAACCACCUGGUUUUGAAGUGUCAUCCUACACCAUUGAGGAAAUCAACAGCAUCACAUCGGAAUACACCCUCAAAAACACUGAUAUAUUUGCUGUGGCCGUUUCACUCAUCACAGGGAAGAUAGUUUACAUUUCGGAUCAGGCCGCGUCCAUCUUAAACUGCAAGCGUGAAGUGUUCAAUAAUGCCAAGUUUGUGGAAUUCUUGACGCCCCAGGACGUCAGUGUGUUCUACAGCUUUACCACACCGUACCGCUUGCCCUCGUGGAGCAUGUGCACUGGAGCAGAGUCCUCUCCCACGGAGUGCAUGCAGGAGAAAUCCUUCUUUUGCCGCAUCAGUGGUGGGAAGGAGCACGAAGGGGAUCUGCAGUACUACCCUUUCCGCAUGACUCCUUACCUGAUGAAAGUCCAAGAUGCUGAGUUGUCUGAGGAGCAGUUCUGCUGCCUCCUGCUGGCAGAGAGGGUGCACUCUGGUUAUGAAGCACCCAGAAUCCCCCCCGACAAGCGCAUUUUCACCACCACACAUACACCUAACUGUGUUUUCCAGGAUGUGGAUGAGAGAGCUGUUCCACUCUUGGGGUACCUUCCCCAAGACUUGAUUGGGACUCCGGUGCUGCUCAACCUGCACCCAAGUGACAGACCCCUCAUGCUGGCUGUGCAUCGCAAGAUUCUGCAGUAUGUGGGUCAACCAUUUGACCACUCCUCGAUUCGCUUCUGUGCAAGGAAUGGGGAAUACAUCACCCUCGACACCAGCUGGUCCAGCUUCGUUAACCCCUGGAGCCGCAAGGUCUCCUUUGUCAUUGGCAGGCACAAAGUUCGUAUGGGUCCUGUGAACGAAGACGUUUUUGCAACGGCUUUCAAUGAAGGGAAAAUGAUGGACUCGGACAUCCAAGAAAUUAGUGAACAGAUCCACAGGCUACUGCUGCAACCGGUUCACAACAUGGGCUCCAGCGGUUAUGGCAGCCAUGGCAGCAAUGGUUCACAUGAGCAACUGGUGAGCAUCAGCUCGUCCAGUGAAAGCAAUGGGAAUAUCAUGGUGGGAAACACGGCAGAGGAGACGAGCAAAGCCAAGCCCACCAGGACGUUCCAGGAGAUUUGUAAGGGAGUUCACAUGCUGAAGAACCAGGACUCCCUGCGCUCCCCUCCACCCUCGCCUGCUCCGUCGCCGUCCAAACCAGAGCAAAAGAAGACAGCUGACGCAGCCUCUCAGAAGAGUUCAGUGGCACGUUUGAAAGACUCAGCACCCCCUCUGCAGGCCAGAGACAGUAAUGCAGCCAGCAUGGAAGACUUCACCUGCAAAGACCAGACGGUCUGCUCCUACCAGCAGAUUAGCUGCCUUGACAGUGUCAUCCGUUACCUGGAGAGUUGUAACAUCCCCAUCACAAUAAAGAGGAAAUACCAGUUUUCUUCAAACGCCACCUCCACCAACUCAGACGAUGACAAAAAAUGUACUGAGGACAAUGUACAAGUGCCUGGUGGUUCAAAUGCAGAUUCUUUAAUGCUCCGAGGCCAGCCUGGACUUUCAAACAUGAAAGCACCAAAGAAACCUCCAUCAGGGGCAGCUGUGGUGGGUGCCCCUCUCGGACCGCUUCCUUUACCAAGCAAGGCUGAAAGCGUUGUGUCGAUCACAUCACAGUGUAGCUAUAGCAGCACUAUUGUACAUGUGGGAGACAAGAAGCCUCAGCCAGAGUCUGAAAUAAUCGAGGAUGUGGCCGAGAGCCCUGCACCGCCUGCCCCGCCAAUCAGUGUGGUGUCUCCACUUAGCCAGGAGAAGGAAGCCUACAAGAGGCUGGGACUGACCAAACAGGUGCUGGCAGCCCACACGCAGAAAGAGGAGCAGGCCUUCCUAAAUCGCUGCCGAGAUCUCUGUAAUGCGAGGACUUUCCAGAAGGACUGUUCCACACAUCUGCACAAGCAGAAGGGUCCAGCCAAUCCUGAAGAGCAUGCUGGACUUCGAGGUGCUGCCAAACAGGGCACCACAAGGCCAGAGACUGUUGCCAAGAAGGGAAGCCGCAACAGGAAGUCCAAAAAGCCACGAAUGAAGCAUCCUGAUUCUUCAGACAGUGCUGUGUCAAACCGCAAACCCCGCCCGCCUCUGCAGGGCCUCAACCAAACAUCAUGGUCCCCAUCAGAAGCAUCCUUGUCAGCUUUUAAUGUGUCCUACCCAGCCAUGGUGUCGCCGUACCAGCUAUACCCCCCAGCGCCUGCUGCUGCUCCUGCACAGGUCUCUCAUCCUGACCCCUCCCUCUCCACUGGCUUUGUGGAGGGCCAGAGCACACAAGUUCCUCCCACUGCCGCUCCCUUUCCCUCUCCCAUUGUUACGCCCGUGGUGGCUUUGGUGCUACCAAAUUACAUCUUCCCUCAAAUUGGACAGUUAAACCAGAUGGGGGCCACUCCCAGACCAGCCUUUUUCCCAGAGCAGACGCAGACUCAACCUCAGUUCAAUGCCCAGCAACCCUUUCAGCCAGCAUACGCCAUGCAAACUCAACCUCCCUUCACCAGCCAACAGAUUUUUCCUGUGCCGACCGCCUUUCCAUCCCAGCCACCUUUCCAGGCUCGUGCAACCGCCUUCACUCCUCAGCCGACCUUCACUCCCCAGCCUUCUUUCUCAGUGCAGACUCCAUUUGUGGCUCAAGCCCCCUAUCCCGCUCAGCCCUUCACGUACAGCCUAAACACACAGCCCCCAAAAGCCGCGGGCGUAGAACCCCGAGAGGGGGCAGCUUCUCGCUCCUCCACUCCUGCAUCAGGUGCACGUGAGCGCACCACAUCACCAACUCUGUUUGAGUCACGGUGCAGCUCGCCCCUUCAGCUCAAUCUGCUCAGCAUGGAGGAGGGCCAGCGCUCAGUGGAACGGCAGGACAGCACAGUGCUCUCUGCUGGAGCUCAGGGCACUGGCGGAGCGGCAGGUCCUGUUGCUGCAGGAGAGAAGAGUACAGCGGUUGCAGCCAAGGCUGAAAAUCUUCAACAGGUGGAGUCUCCAGAAGAUGGCGCUCAUAGUGAUGGGCAUUCCUCAUCCUGUGACCUGCUGGAUAUCUUGCUCCAAGAGCAGGAGGACUCCCACUCUGGCACCGGCUCUGCAACCUCUGGCUCCAUGGGAUCAGGCUCCGGCUCCGGCUCCGGCUCCGCUUGCAAUGGCUGCGCUACAUCGGCCAGCGGAGCCUCGGGCAGCAGAACAGGGAGCAGCAACACAAGCAAAUACUUUGGAAGUGUUGACUCCUUGGAACACGACCCCAAAACCAAGACCAAGGCCAAAGUCAAGACGAGAGCUGAAGGAGACUCUGAUGGAGGCCAAUCACAGGCCAAGAUGUCCGCCAUCAAAUAUGUUCUCCAGGAGCCUCUUUGGCUGCUGAUGGCCAACGCUGACGACAAGGUCAUGAUGACCUAUCAAAUGCCAUCCAGAGACAUUCAGAAGGUUCUGCGGGAAGACAAGGAGAGGCUGAGGCAGAUGCAGAAGAGCCAGCCUCACUUCUCCUCAGACCAGCGGCGAGAGCUGCUGGAGGAACACCCAUGGAUGAGAAGAGGGGGUCUACCAGCUGCUAUCAACGUGAAGGAGUGCCUGUACUGCAAAGGUGCUGCAGAUGCCCCCAUCGAAGACACCCUGCCUGACAUGGACAUGGGCGAGCUGGGGGAGGAGCUGAGGCAAGAGUGUGAGAACCCUCAGAGCCAGUCGGAGGAGUUGCAAACCAAAUUGGAUUCCGGCUGCUGAACUGUAAAACCACCAGCAGGGGGACUCGCUUGACCAGCCACGGAUUCUUACACAGACACACAAGUGCAGAUAUGUGCAAAAGGACCUUGUGCCUGGCCAUCCUCGACAGCACUUUUAAACACACAUGAACUCAAGCAGUGAAGACUGCCACUGUAAUGCAAGGCCUUUGUGGUGUUAAACAGCUGAAUCACACCAACAAUCUCAAACUCAGACAAUGUGAAAACAAAUCUUAGUUGUUAUUGUCUUUAAAAUACUGAACUAAAUUCAAAAGACAUUAUUGAACAUAUUAUUAUUAUCCUUGUUUUUCCAUAUGUUAUCCCUUUUAUUUCCCCCAUCAGGGUUUUGUUGACGUGGAAAUCAAGCCAAGCUGUUGUCAACAGGGACCUAUGCUUGUAAAGCCUCCUUUUUUGUUGUUGCAUCUUUUAACUUGUUGGACCACAGUAUAUUUUAUAUUCAGACAUAGCACUUGAACAGCCUGACACGCAUAACUCGUCAACGGAGAAAAAUGACAAGACGCAUGCAGUCUGACUGUAACUUGCCUCAGCAGUGACAAUCUGAUACACAACUCAAGACGUUCACUACCUUAUUUAUUUUCAAUUCAUGUAACAUAGACAGAUGUUUUAUUAAGCUACAGCCAAAUGGGUUUAAAGAAAGCCACAUGGGUGUAUAUUUGAACAGUAUAUAUUACAUGCGAAGGUCACUUUAGCAUGAGAUCUUUAGAGUGGAGUAUUUAGCCUCCACGUGAAGCUCUUUGCGUACUGCACUUGAGAAGAACUUCUCUGAAGAAGUGGGCGACAUUACUGAUUAUGGAGAUAUUUUUCAAAGAAUGUUAAAUCCAUAGAAAAAAACGUGGCGAUGUCUUCACGCGGUGCAAGUCUAUCACAAAAUGUAACUGUUAGUCAAAAGGGGGACUAUUUUUUUAUAGGAUAGAAGAACGGAGGUAUCUAUCCACUCCUGACUAAUGUAGCUAAUAAGGGGACCACAGGAAAGAAAUGCAGACAUAUUUCCAUCAAUUAAAACCCCUUGUAUGAAGUUUGGAAACAGCUCAGGUGCAAUGAGAGACAACCUGCUGGGGCAAGGCUUGAGAAUGUAUCCCAGACUGGACCAAGGUUAUCUUACUAGCUUUCCCCUCUGGUUCACUUUUAUAAUCUUUUUCUCUGUUCUGUUUUGCGUGUUGUAUUUUAUUUGAUGAAAAGCAUUUAAAUGUGGCUGAAGCUGGGGGGGGGGGUGGAACGGGACGGGACUAUCCCAUGUCAUGUUACUGUGAGCAGUGAGUAAAUAAGUGUUGGUGUGCUGGUCAACUUGUGACCAUUCCAUUGAGUGAUGGACUUUUUUAGACAAACCGAGGUUCGGUGACUCCAUGACAGCCACCUGAAGCCGUCACAGAUGCUCUUUUGUCUCCAUUCUGUACAGGAGGCACCCCCAACGCCCACUGGCGUAUUAAGCAUUGAGAAUGCAAAUUUGACUUAUUUAUGAUCAAAAGGAAUUGUGCCGAACAGAAGACAUGGAAGUGUUACACGCCUUACUGUUUGCCACGAAGAGGGAAGUCCAUAUUAAAUCAAUUACCCACUGCAACUGUAAAUGCAUACACAGCGUACUGGCACAUAAUGUGUGUGGUCAUGUACAUCUGUUCAUUGCCACUGUAUGAAUCUGAACAGUGCAGUCGUGCAUUUUUGUAGGUAAAAAAUGUGUUUGAAACUGUUGUAAUAAAAUUACACAAACUGUAAA